UUUUCCCCCAAAAAACAAAAAGAAAAUGGAGAGAUGAAAGUGGGAGAGGAGCAACAGCAGCAGCAGGAAUAAUAAUAAUAAUAAUAAUAAUAAUAAUAAUAUGCCGGAUGUAAAAUUUUUCAUCCUGUUCUGCGCCUCCCUCUUUCUGAACUUGUUCUUUUUCUCCUACCACUUCCUUUCCACCCCGCUGCCGCCACCACGGCGGCCGAGGCCGCCCGGGGGCGGGCUCACCUGGACCCGAAGGGCAGCCGAAGAGGCCGAGGCCGUCGCCGCGGUCUCGUGCUCGGGCCACGGCCGCGCCUACAUCGAUGGAGUUUCCGCCCGGGGCCACCCCGUCUGCGAAUGCAACACCUGCUACGCCGGAGCCGAUUGCUCCCUGCUGAAAUCCAACUGUGCCGCCGACGCCGACAGUGGAGAUCCAUUGUUCUUGGAGCCCUACUGGAUGCGGCACUCCGCCAAGAGCGCCGUCGUGGUGUCGGGAUGGCACCGCAUGAGCUACCUCACCAACAACGGCUUCAUCUCCGUCGAGCUGGAGCGCCACAUCCGCGCUCUCCACCGUGCGGUCGGAAACGCUGUCGAAGAGGAUAAGUUCAUCGUCUUCGGGUCGGGGUGCACCCAGCUGAUCAACGCCCUCGUCUACGCGCUCUCCCCCGACAAUGCCACCACCCCCGCUAGCGUCGUCGCCACCGCUCCCUACUAUCCGUUGUACAAAGCACAAACCAAUCUCUUCGACGGUAGGGAGUACGAGUGGAAGGGGAUUACCUCAAAAUGGAUUAACUCGUCGGUGGUGUCGACGAAAAACUUCAUCGAGUUUGUGACGUCGCCGAACAAUCCUGACGGGCUCCUGCACAAAUCAGUUCUGGGGGUCAAAUCGGUGAUCUACGAUCACGCGUACUAUUGGCCUCAUUUCUCGGCAAUCCCGGCCCCUGCUGAUGAAGAUGUCAUGCUCUUCUCUGGCUCCAAAACAUCUGGCCAUGCUAGCAGUAGGUUUGGGUGGGCACUGAUAAAGGAUGAGAAAGUAUACGAUAAAGUUGUGCAAUACAUGAAAGUUAAUACAAUGGGAGUGUCGCGAGAUACACAGUUAAGAGUUCUGAAGCUCAUCAAGGUGAUCUUAGGUGAGAUGGGAGGAGGAGGUGACAUAUUUGAGUUCGGGUACAAAGCACUGAAGAAUCGGUGGCGCAAAUUGAACGAGAUCGUCUCCUGGUCCAACCGCUUCUCCCUCCAACAAAUCGAUCCUCAGUACUGCACCUACUUUUCGAAGAUGCGAGACCCUUCUCCAGCUUAUGCUUGGGUAAAGUGCGAAUUCGAGGAGGACGUAGACUGUGCGAAAGUUCUCAAGGAAGCAGGAAUAAUUUCUAGACGUGGAACUCUAUUCGAAGCCAGCAGUCGAUACACUCGGUUAAGCCUAAUCAAGACAGAGGACGACUUCGAUUUGCUUUUGCGAAAGAUGGUUGCCGUCGUCUCUGAAAACGGUGUCAGUUCCAUUUGAAUGAUGCGAAUCUACUGCACGAUAUUUUACGAUUGGCAGUGAUCAACGAUAUGUUGAUUACGUACUAAAAAUAUACAUAAGACGACUCGUGUAGCAGAUGCUCAUUGAUCAAUGAGCUAUGCAGAUAUUAUUUGUGCGUCAUAGAUUCUUGAAUCUUCGAAUGCCACGCUCAAGAUCGAUGAGCGUCAUAGGUAUUGUUUGUGUGGAACAUUUGUACCUAAUUAAAUUGAGUUCAUGUAUGGUUGGUUAAUGAUUGUAAUAUAUCAUGCAUGUUUUUCCUAUUCACAAGGAAUAUAUGCCAACAGUAAUCUCCUGAACAGAGAAGUUCAA